AUGUCGGGACUUAAAGGUUUAGAAGAUUCUUCUUCUGAUACACCGGAAAGAUUCGAAAACAGUUUAUCCAAUUUUCCAUCAAAUGUUGAGCAGUCUUUGGAAGCAUAUAUUGGACAACGAAGAACUUCCGAUUCGGAGUCUAUGGACUUUGAUCAGUCAGAAAACAAAGAAGAAAGCAAUGAUGAUAUACCCUUGGGCGAAACCCUCAGUCGUCAACAGUCUUUUCUUCAAAAGAUUCAAUCCCGUUAUUCAUUCUUUAAUGAAAAACUUUCACCUGAGAGAAAGAAACUUUACUUGAAAUUUGGGAUGGUUUACUUAAUUAUGGCGGUUGGUGUCUUAUCUAUCUUUUCCAUCUAUUGGGGGUCCAUGUAUGGAAGAGAUGGUAGAAUAAAGAAUUUACGAAUGUUGGUGGUUAUUGAAGAUGAUCAUGAGAUACAAGGAAUACCACCUUUGUUUGGAAAUCAAAUACAAAAACUUCUCAAUACUCCGUUGGCUCAUGAAAUGGGAGAUUGGAUAGUUUACAAUUCAUCGGAAUUCAAUGAAAUAGCACAAAAACAUAAUAAUACUAUAGAACAAGAAGUCACUCGACAAAUUCAUCACCAAAAUUAUUGGUCUUCCAUUUAUGUUAAACCAAAUGCAACUUUCAACUUCUACAAUGCAAUAAUAUCAGGAAAUGCACAAUACAACGUUUCAAACAGUUCAAUUAUCUCCAUAUAUGAGACUGGAAGGGAUUUGAUUAGUAUGGUUGAAUACGUCGUACCUUCUGUUCAAGCUGUCGAAAGCGAAUGGUUAGAUGUAAAUACCGUCGCCCGAAAUGUAAUUGAACUUAUAUCGAACAGAUCCGAAGUAUUCUCCAAUCCAGAUUCCAUUGAUAUAGCUACUCAAUCACUUAAUUUCCAAUAUUAUGAUAAAAGACCAGAAACUAGUCCUGUCCUCGUGGCUCCAUCACAAGUUGGACUUCUUUAUAUGAUCAUUGUCACAUUCUUUCAAUUCAAUUUCUUUGUUGAAAUCCAUAAACAAGUGGCUCAAAUAGUAAAGAAAUCACAUUAUUUAUUUUAUCGUGUCGUUGCAUCUACCCUUUCAUAUUUUGUCAUUAGUUUAAUGUUUUCAUUAGUAACAUUGGCCAUGCAAGUUGAUUUCACUCCCGCAUUUGGAAAAUCGGGAUUCUUGGUCUAUUGGAUGGUUUCAUUCUUGACAAUGUGGGCAGUUGGGGCAGCAAAUGAAAUAGCAGCAUUACUCAUCAUAACAGUAUAUCCACCACUCUUGGGAUUCUGGUUGAUUUUUUGGGUUAUUAUUAAUAUUACUCCAACUUUCACUCCUAUGGCUUUGAGUGCUGAAUUCUUUAGAUAUGGAUAUGCUAUGCCAUUACAUAAUUCAUAUGAAAUCUCAAAGGUGGUGUUUUUUAAUACUUACAAAGGUCAAAUGGGAAGAAAUAUGGGUAUUAUUGUUGCUUGGGUGGUUAUAUUGACUGCAGCUUUACCAUUUGUAAUUAUCUACUUUGGAAAGACUAUGGCCAAAAAGGCCCAAAAAGCGGCUGCAAAGUAG